AUUGAAUUAGAUACAGAUCGAAAUUUAUCAGCAUCAAUGUUCAGAUUUUUUUUUUUAUGAUAAAUUUUAUUAAGAAACAGAUAAUUUUUUUCUCUUAAAGUUCUUACUCGAUUGAAUAAAUGGUCAAUGAUCGAAGCAAGUCAGAUCAGGUUAGUGCCAAAUGCUUAGCUACGACCGCGUUGUAGAAUCAUUGCCGCCUGUAAUCACUGGCAUUAUUUGACUGUUUUUUUUUCCAUAUGAUCUUUGUGAGAUGCUUCAUGAUCCUACGGAUGAAACGCACAGGAAACCGCGUCAAUUCAGGAACACGCCAGUGAGGAGAUACAUUCGGUUGACAUCGCUGGUCAUAACCCUCAUUUACGGUGUAGCAGGAUUUUACACCUUUAACAAAAUUAUUACUAAUCCUGAAUAUCUAAAAGAGUAUGAAGACAAUCAAAUGUCCGAAGAUGCAAAGGCUAUGCUAGAGGAUUAUAUGUCAUUUCCAUUCUUGAGAGGUACUAUUGAAAAGUUAGUUCAAAGGCAGCAGGCUAAAUUAAAUAAAGAAGUUGAACUAAAAGAAGCUGAAUAAAAGAAAGCUAACAAAUAAAGUUUAAAUAAUAAAACAUUUUUUAUAAUUCAUAUAACUAUAAUGGAUGUUGAACAAGAUGGAUUCUGUAAGUCUGAUAGUGCCAAGAGAAGAUUGAAAUUAAGGAAAAAUUAUAAAGAAAGUGCAGAUGAUAAGACUCAUUUUUCUGAACAUUCUAAUAAUGAUAUAAACAAAGAUACAAUUCAUACAUAUCAAGCUUCAUGUGAUGAUGAUAGUAUAUUGGAUUUUAAAUCGCCAAAAAAAAUACAUUCAAUGCAAUCGAAAGUUGUUAAUAGCAGCAAACCUUCAGAUAAUUCCAAGAAAAAAAUUCAUUCUAAACCUAAAAUUAUUAAUAACGAAAGGAAGCUCAAAAGCAGAAAGUCAUUACAGAAUAAAAAGAUUCCUCAUAAUGUGCAGCAGCCAUUAAUUGAGUCAUCUUUUUUUAAAUCUGAAAAGAAAGAAACAGACUCACCACAGAAUUCAAUCGACAUAAAAACUGCUUAUGUCUGUCCAUUGUGCUUUAAGAAUUUCAAAGAUGAAAGUUCACAUGCUGUACACAUGAAGAGUUGUGCCAUGAAAAAUAAUGUGUCCACGAAAAAGUUGAUGGACGUUGUGGAACUACAAGAACGACAAGCUGCAGAGAGAAAGUCAUUGGGCUUACUCUCUGCUCCUAUAUUACAAGACAAAAAGAAAUCUGUUCCACGUAAAAUGGCAUCAAAUGAUGACCCUGAUCUUCAGCUUGCUUUGGCGCUUUCUAAAUCUCUAUAUGAGAAAGAAGAAAUGGAAGAAUGGGAUGAAGUUCAGAUCGUAGCCAUAUCAUCUAAUUCAUCAGUGCCAGAUAACAAUAUAGACUGCCUUCAACAAGGGACGUUACAGAACUUUGGGUUUAGUAGCAGUAGAAAUACAUUACCAAUAAAUAACUGGCCCACUAGUAAAUCUAAAAAAAGAAAACUCAUUGAACCAACCAUUUUACAAAGGCGUACAGCUGCAGAUAGAGAACGUAUUUUAACAGAGAGAAUAGCUGAGAUACUUAUGGGAUGUAAAGACUUUACCCAAAGAUCUCAGGAAGAAGUCAAAGAAUUCGGCGAUAAAGAAAGAAUUGUUAUAAAAAAUCAAUUACUUCAACAAUUGCGUCAAACCGAAAAUACACUGUGGGAUAGGACGAAGUUAAUUCCAACUCAAAAUGCAUUUUAUGUAGAACAACUAUCAUCUCAGAUAACACCAAUGGAAAAGAAAGAGCAGGAAAUAAAUGAAGAACAGAAUAUCAUGAAACUUUUGGAACUGAAUGUAAGCAACGAAAGAUGUUUGGAUAAUAAACAAAUGCAGAAAAUAAAGAAAAUAGAGAUUGUAAAAACCAUGGACAAUAAUGAAGCAUUAACGAUCAUGAAUACAGACAAUACAUGUUGCAAAGAGAAGAAAUUCCUUGACGAUCUAGCAGUAAGUUGGAGAAAGAUACUUAACGAUAGUUCUGCAAGUGAUAUUAUCGUGUUUGUACAAAAUAGCAAACAUAUAUGGGCGCACAAAUUAGUUUUCUAUACACGCUGUGCAAAUAUUUUACUUGAUGUAAUUCCCAAUGAUACAGAAUUCUCUACUGUAAAAGAAAAGAUUUGUUGGAUUGAUACUGACUAUGAUGUCGCCUUGGCUUUUCUGGAAUUUCUUUACUGUGGAGUAAUUGAUAAGCAUUCGAAAAUAUUUCAUUCUGAGACAGCAUUAUCCAAUAUUAGAGCUCUAGGAAGAAAAUAUAAGAUAAAUGAUUUAUUCGUUUAUCUGCGUCAAAAAAUGUCUGAUACAGCAGAAGUUAAACACAAUUAUAAAAAUACAGAAAACAUACAUCUAAAUGUAGAAACCGUUUCAGAUUUUCCAAAAUUAGGCAAAUCUUGUAACACAUCACCAAAUUGUACGCGUGAUGUUAUAGAAAAUAUUCAGUGCUCCCAGAAAACAUUACAAAGAGAUGUUAAUGAUAAAUUACAUUCUCUCGAAAAUAAUUAUACAUCUGCAAGAGAUUCGUGCAUUCUGCAAGAUGAAAAGAUGGAUUUGAAAUUGUCAGUGGAAAUAAAUUCUAGAAGCAACACGCCUACAAAAUGGGAAACUAGUGUAUCUCCUGAUAUAUUUGAUGAUAUGCCUGUAACUAAAUAUAAGAAUAAAUCUAUAGUGCAUUCUAAAGAUCAUGAAGAUGCUAAUAUUCACAUAUUAUUGAGUUUGAUUAAACAAGAUGCGGAUGCUGAUAUCUAUAGUCAAAGAUUGUCAACCACAAAGAACGCAGAAUAUUCAGAGGUGGACAAAGAUAUAUCUACUCAUUCAAAAAAUAUGGAACUAAAUGUAAUGGAAAUCGAGGCAGAUUCCGAAUUGAAUUCUUUGAUAUGUCCCAUCGACAAUAUACAUGAAGACUUUAAAGAAUCUCAAUUGAAUUCUUUAAAAUCUCCCAUGGAUAAUAUGCAUAAAAAUUCUUUAAUUGAUAUUCUUCAAAAUAGUAAGUCAAAAUAUACCCAAGAUCGAUCUUCGGACAUAAUGAGACAGAAAAGUGAUCUCACGUUAUUCAUUGAGAGAGUUCAGGAAGAAAAUGCGAAAUUGGAUUUGGAGUUGAAUUCUGAUAUAAAAUGUCACGUACAAAUAUCCCCUACGAAGCACAAAAAUCCAUUUUAUAUAGAUAAAGAUGAUGACUCUGAAGAUCUUCAAUCUUAUGAUAAUAAUAUUAAACAAUCAACUGACAUGAAGGAAAGGCUCGGCAGGUUAACUAUAAUGGAGCAGCGUAUACGAUCAUAUGCCACCAAAGAUCCGAAAUUUUAUUCCCGUCUUUCUGAUGAAUAUGUAGAAAACAUUGAACAGAUAAGAACUAAUAUUUUAUCUUCAUCAUCUAAUAAGAUAACAAAAUCUCAUAAUACAUUGAAUAAUACACAAAAUUUUACUUUACCAAUUGAGAAAAACGUUGAUAUUUCAAGACAAAUUAUAACUGUACCAUCAGUAUGUUCACAAUCUGAAAUGAAGAAUCAGUCGCUUAACGAGACCAUCUUCGAUUUAGAAACGAAUGAGGAAGAUAUUUCUAUGUAUUCUAGAUACAAGAGAAAUCAUAAGGAUAAUAGCAUAGCAAAGUAUCGAGCAAAAAUGAAAACUAGAAAUAGAUCAGAUAGUAAUCUAUCUGAUAAAAGUAUAUCAUCUGAUUCAAUCAAUGAAGACAGUGAGAUUGAAAAAGACGACUCAAUUUUGACUCAAUCUGUGUUGACACAAAAAGAUAAGGAUGUAAUUGUCUCAGACACAGAAAUUGAAAGUAUAUCUUCUAAUGUUAGUCAUGUUGUUUUAGAAAACGAUGAUUUGAAUCAUGAAAAUGUCACAUCUCAUUCUCAACAGUUCAGAAAACAAAUAAAAGAUAACGAACAAAAUAUAGAAAAUGGAAAAACCAGUCAAUUGCUCGAAGUUGAAAAAUUUUCAGAAACGACAAACUCGGAAAAGGAGAAGAGCGUAACUAAAUCAAAUCAAGAUAAGUUAGAUACUACAGAAAUGAUGUUUAUGACACAAAGAUUAGAAAGUGAACCAAAUGAUGAUCAGAGAAAAGGAUCUAUUUCGAGCCCAAUUAUGGUAUCCUCCAGUCCAGAUUUUUUAAACCCCGAAAGUUGCAGUCCAGUUUCAAAUAUAGAAAGUUUACUUCACAAUGAAUUUUGUAUAAAGAAUGCGUUAGAAACAGAUGUUUCUAAAUCAUCCAAAUUUUCUCUUAACUUUGAAGAGGAUAUAUAUCUUGCAAACGUUGAUAUCGAUAAAUAUGAAAAACAACAUUUCUUAGAAAAGAGUCGAUCAUUUAACAUAUCAGAUAUAAGAGAAUUUAAGAAUGCCAAGACAAACAGAUGCAAUAAUAAAAGUAAUAAGAAUAUCAAAGAUAAUGACAUAGUGGUAGAUGAUAUCAUAAUUGAUUGUGAAAAUUUAGACAAUAACAUUGUAUCAUUGAGUCAAAAUGUUACAAAUAUUAGAAAAUUGAAAAGAAAAUCUUUAUCCGAAGGACAGAUUAAUAUAAAUAGAUUACAUAAUCAAGCUGCUACACGCGUACAAUUUCAAUGCAAUUAUGUUCAAAACAUUGAAAACGCAAAGACGCCUAAGAUAAUUAAUAAAGAUGUUACACCACCGCCCGAUUACAAUGAUAUGAGUACUCCUGAAUUACAUAAAAAAAUGAAAAAAUAUGGCCUGAAAGCACAAAAGCGCGGCAGAGCGGUAAGAUUGUUGACGCACAUUUAUAAUGAACUUCAUCCUUUAGUACCUAUAUCCGAGGAAACUAAAGGAGAGCAAAUUACUGAAAUUUCGAGUGACGAAGAUGAGGGUCCACCGUUAAAGAAACGAAACAUAGAUGAUGGCAAUUUGGAAAAAUCAAAUAAUGGAGAAGACAGUAGUAAUGAAUUACCUUGUUCUCAAGAUAGUAAUGAGAGCAUGAGUUCUACAAAAGAAACAAUCGAUAAAGAAAUGGAAUUUUAUGAAACCGAAUCAUUAUCCGCAUUAGAGAAUUCAUCAGAUAUCACAGAGGCCUUUAUGAAACUAAUUGAUAUUGAUAAAGAUUUACAUAAUAAAAUAUUGCAAUAUGAACCUGUCAAUAUUGAAGAGUUACAUUCUACAUUACGGAUACAUGAUUAAAUGCAAGCUGUCUAAUUUCAUAGUUUC